AGAGAAGAAUGGAAGUCUUGCUCAUCUUUACCAUUCUGCUGUUGGCACCUCAGUCUCCAGUGGUCUGUGCAGACGACAGAAUAGCAGUCAGCCCCGCUGAUGCCACAGUGCAGAUUGGGGGAAGCAUCACACUGAUCUGCUCCACUACCUGUCCCAAUGGAAAGCCAGAAUGGAAGAAAGGUCUCGACGCUCUCCCUUAUAAACCUCGCACAUCCGGGGAACUCAGCGAAAUAGAAAUCCAAGACGCUCAGACUGAACACGAAGGAACGUACAUGUGCAUGGUCAUGUGCGAGCAAAAAACAAUUCGAAAGAUACUGGCGUUAACAGUCUUCUCACUGCCGGAUCUGACCGUGCAAUGUGAUCCCAAAGAGCCGGUCUCUGGGCAGCCCUUCAGCCUCUCGUGUUCCUUGCAUGGGGUGUACCCUCCCGGCUCAGUGAAGAUGCGCUGGUUACACGGGGAGCGUGUCAUCGAAGGACCCGCCGGCGCAGAGGAAAGCGCAGACGACACGUUUUACAAUUACGAGCUCAGGACAAAACAGCAGCUUCACGCCACAACUGCAGAAUACAGAUGCGAAGCAGACCUGGUUUUACCAAACAAGCUGAUAAAAACGAAAAACCAAACCCUGCCGUUACAUUUUCAAGUUGUUCCCUCCAUGUCCACGUCGUUCCUGCGCAAGCCCCUGGGGGAGCCGGCCUCCUUCACAUGCAAGGCAGAUCCCUCCUUCAGCAUCUCCUGGGCAAAGCUAGGCAGCCAGGGAGCAUGGGGUCCUCCGGGUCACUGGAAUCUCUCUGUCAGCGCGGGCUUCUCACUGGUGCACAUAGAGGCACUGCAGCCGGGCGACAGCGGAAACUACAGCUGCAUCCUCAACAACGAAGCCACCAAAGUGGAGCUCAGCAUAACCAUUGAGGUUUCCUACGCUCCUAAGAAUACCUCACUGACCCCCUCUGAGCCCUCGGUCAAGGAAGGAGACCCCCUGACACUGACCUGCAGGGGGGACGCCAGCCCAGAGCCUCAGAUCCGCUGGACUAAACUGAACUCCACAUUACCAGACAGCUGGAGCCUCUCUACAGGCCAGGGGCAGUCCACACUGACAGCCCCCUCCCUCGCCCCCGAGCACAGCGGCAUCUACCAGUGUGAAAUCAGCAACGGCGUUGGCAGGGAGGCCCUGACCACAACGCUCGACGUGCUGUACGCUCCUAAAAAUACCUCACUGACCCCCUCUGAGCCCUCGGUCAAGGAAGGAGACCCCCUGACACUGACCUGCAGGGGGGACGCCAGCCCAGAGCCUCAGAUCCGCUGGACUAAACUGAACUCCACAUUACCAGACAGCUGGAGCCUCUCUACAGGCCAGGGGCAGUCCACACUGACAGCCCCCUCCCUCGCCCCCGAGCACAGCGGCAUCUACCAGUGUGAAAUCAGCAACAGCAUUGGCAGGGAGGCCCUGACCACAACGCUCGACGUGCUGUACGCUCCUAAGAAUACCUCACUGACCCCCUCUGAGCCCUCAGUCAAGGAAGGAGACCCCCUGACACUGACCUGCAGGGGGGACGCCAGCCCAGAGCCUCAGAUCCGCUGGACUAAACUGAACUCCACAUUACCAGACAGCUGGAGCCUCUCUACAGGCCAGGGGCAGUCCACACUGACAGCCCCCUCCCUCGCCCCCGAGCACAGCGGCACCUACCAGUGUGAAAUCAGCAACGUCGUUGGCAGGGAGGCCCUGACCACAACGCUCGACGUGCUGUACAGUCCCAGGAAUAUCGGAGCCGACUCUGGAGUCAUCACAGGGAAUAAAGGCCAGUCUCUGAAAAUCAACUGCAGCUGGGAUGCAAAUCCCAAGCCGGAUAUCCAGUGGCUCAAACUGGGCUCGGAGAAACAGGAUCACUGGGAGAUAUCAGAAUCCGGGAAGAAUUCCCAGCUGAGGAUCAAUGCCCUGGGAUCUGAUGAUCUCGGGGUUUACACCUGUCUGAUCAGAAACAAAAUGGGGGAAAUCCACAGUAACACAACAGUGAGAGCGACGGGUGAACACGGAGUGCAGACCAUGACCAUAACGAUAGCCACUGCGCUGCCCGCACUGGUCUUGUCAUUAUUUGGAGCUCUUGUGGGUCGGUUGAGAAAGAACAGACAGUCUUCACUCAGUAUAAACCCAUAAGUGAUUGCAUGCUCUUCCCCUAGUUUACCUUUGUUUCGUUGUGGCUUUUGAAGCGUAGCGGGACAAUGGUGCUGGCUACAGUAAGACACCGUGCCUUGACCUUCACCCACCCUCUCCCCCCCAUUCCUGUCUGCCAUUCACCUGAGUGGUCAGCUGGGCAGUGACUUUGUGAUGUGGACUAAUGGUGUAAUGUGGGGGGGGGGGGGGGGCUAAGUUUUGUGUUUCGUUAUCUGAGCUGUAUUUUGAAGCCAGCAGAGGUGCAAUGUGGCAGAACCCACUACUCCUCCUAACUCCCCAGCUCUGUCCUGUCCUCCAUGGAUCUCAGGACACAGGCAUCGAAACUUUCACACUCUAAUCAGCCCAGACUUCGAUCUGAUUCAGCCCACUGUGGCGAGGUAGAUUGGGCCAUCGAACUGAUAACGUCUUCACAGCUAAUCUCGGUGUAAAACUUCGGCUUGCUUUAAUAUUCUGUAUUUCCAAAGAUGUGUAAAUAUUUUAAUUGUACGCCUCUGCUUGUUGCUGUACAUAUACUGUCAUGAAGGAAUAAUGCUGCGUUCUUGCAGAACAAGUUAGUGUAUGUUACCGUCUGUGCCUUAUUUCACAAGUGCUAGAUUAAAUAUGUAUUUUCAUAUCGUUUACAUUUAUUUUUUUAACGCACCUAAUCCAAAACAUCAAAACUGCUUGGCCCGAAGCUCAAAGCUAUUGCUCAUUGCUCUCCUUUCUGAUAAUGUUGUGCCAGUAGCUUUGAGACAUUAUUUUUUACCACGUUAAGCAAUAUGUAGCAAUAUGUAUAUUUAGCAAUUUAGAGUGGUUCCGAGAAUGGGUGGUAAUCCAUCUCUUUGAGUGUCAGAUGCUUAUCAAGUCAAUAACAAAGCCUUAUCACAUUAUUCAGCAAAACACUGCAAAGACAUUUUUCUCUGGGCUAAUACUAAAGAAAACAAUAUGGUAGAUAAAAUUGAAAGAGUGUCAUUUUGAUUUUUGUUUCUUUAAAUAGGUAUCACCUAUUAGGGUUCUGCUAUAAAUCAUUAUUAAUGCAUCUGUAAAUAGUGGGAUGGUAAAAAUGACUAGCAUUAAUAUUGACUGUAGCUGUACAGGGUUUUAAAACAUACACUAUUGCACUAUAACAUAUACCUAGGGCUUCUUUUUUUCGGGUUUUAUUAAUUUAAUUUUUCAAUGCUUAUUUUUUAGCUAUUUUCGAGUUUUAUGUCAAAACUCGGGGCUUUCGCUUUUUAUAUACUGUAUGAAAUUAUUGUUUUCGGUUACUUUCCAAAACCUGGAUGCGUUUUUUUCUGUCAAAAUGUGGAUAGUAGUGACUGGACAGUACCUUCUUUGUCCCUUCUUUCCUUCGCUGUCUUCCACAACGAAAUCCUUCUGGUCACGGGCACAUUCUUCUGGGGUUUUUGUGUGUUUAGGCAUUUUGCAAUUCUGU